AUGCCCAUUCGCAAUCUUCAGAACAACAAUUGCGAACGAACCAAAUCACCUGGAGACGACAUUGAUGUUCUAUUGAACCAAGCUGCACACCUUUCGUCAACUCGAGUGUCCCCAAACAAACCACUAUCCAACUCUAGAGGGCGGAAACGGAAGCUUUUACAUGUUGACCUUACUUUGGAGGCGGAGGAUGACGCACGUACACCCACAUCCCGACCUCACCACCGCUUAUCAGCUGACGUCGGGAAAGGCGAAUGUAUUUUACUGUCUUCUCAAGACAGGAUGCAGGAUGGUCAAAGAGGAGAAACGCCAGUCAGCGUCAAACGAGAGGCGCAUGUCGAGAACUGCCACAGCAUAGCUCUCGGCGAAACUCGUUCGAAAGAAAUAGACCCUUCCUCUGAUACUCUCAGACAGACUGAGUGCGAGAGCCCACCCUCAAGACCCGAACAGGUGCGCUCUAGAGCACGACGGAGGUUAUUUGGAGUUGAACUGGAGUGGCACACGCAGAACGACAAGCCUCGUUCAGAGGUUGAUAUCCCGUGCAUUGAACUCGACUCAACUGAGAUGCCAGAGGAGUUCGUCAUUCCACCACCCCCAUCACUCUCGUCUGAAGACUUUGAGGAGGAUGAGGGUAUGGAGCAAGGGUCAACCUCUUGUAGGGCGUUGGCCAGGACUCCGGUCGCCGCUGAACAGCCGAUAACACAAGACAUGAAGAAAAAUGGCCCGGAGCGGCGACCGUGGGUAACAGAUAGUCAUCAAGUGCCAGAAGCUUCCCAAGACAGCGCCUGCUUUUCUUACACGAAAGAGGCGAAGUUAAUUGAAAGCAAAGAGCUUAUUUUGCAGGAUGACACUGGUAGAGGCAAAAGUGAGCCAUUUGAGGCGACCGAUGACUCUCCGCUCCGAGCGAGAGAUCCUUACUAUUCCCAGGCAUUUGACUACGUCUUGAAAGAGGUCGUGGCCAGGUAUUCGGAUGUUCUUCGUCCGCAUGAAGUUCAUCUAGCAAAAUCGAUGAGGAAAGAGCUAUCUCGAGAUGGCUUGGCUCUCUUCGUUCGAAUCUAUAGGCGCAAGCAGCCAAAGUGGUACUCAAUUUCGGGAUUACGAGAUUCUUACGGAACAGAUAUUGAUGUAGAUGCAGGUGCGGUUGAAUUGUUCCAGCACGGAUAUGUCGCUUCAAGUAUUCACGAUGUAAACAAAAGCAAGGAAAGAAUGCGUUCUACUGCACAAGAGCUUUUGGAAAACCUUUGGCAGGAAGACUUGAAAGCAGUUUCGGCAGCAAUUGCUGAUUCAAAAGUGCUAAAGAAGAUGAGAAAGCGAGAAUUGCUGCCUGCCCUUCGAGCGGUUCUCUCUGAAGAAGGAGGUCGUGCAGAACGCAAGAGAAAGCUUAAGCAAAUGACGCUUAGUGGAUUUUCUGAAGCAGACUGCUUGUCGAGAGCAAUCAUUAAGAGGGCUGGGUAUUCUAUCAAGAUCCCUGAAGAUGUCCUGGAGCAGCUACAGCGCGUACAUUCCCUUUUCUUUUUGGAGGCUGGUCAUGAUUCUUCAAGAGUACUGCUGGCACGGGCUGGAAAGGUACGGUUCCCAGACUAUGAAUGCCGAGGCAGAGGAAGAGUGUUUCCAUCAUCUGUGGCGUUUGAGGAUUAUGAAGCAGCGAUUAUAGUGGAGAAGAAUUUGAACCGCGCAAUUGAGGAAAGGGAUUUAUUGCAAGUUGCACACUUUGGAAGCAUAGCAGAAGUAGCCAUCAUUGAAAACCACAAAGAUUCACAACUAGUGGCGGGAUGGGCCAAAAACAGUAGUCGAUCGGGCGCCUCAAAACGCCAUUCGCAACCGUAUUCUUCGUCAUGCAGCCCUAUGGCGGGGUCAGCUCGGACUCUGCGAACGAAGAACUCCUUCAGAGAAGAUAUUCGCAAGCAACUGCAACACCCUUUCUUCAGGCGUUACACUGCUCAAUGGGUAUACGUCCGAACUGCUUGGCAUUCUGUUCGUGCAUUGGAAGAACUCGGAGAACACGGGGGUGCAGUUCAGAGAUUGAAGCUCUUGCUUUCAACAGGAUUAGUGCCCAAGAGACGAGGAGCUUGCAUGAAUCGACUCACGAUCAAUCUGUACAGGCACCUCGGAAGACUACAAGAGGCUCUCGAUUUAAUCUUAACUACUUUGGAAGAGGGAGGGACUCCUCUACGCUUAGGAGAUCGCCUUGCUCUCGUGCACCGAGGCAUUGCCAUACAUCGAAAGCUGGGACGUGCCUAUAUAGAGGAGAACUUAAAGCAUUCGCUUAAGAGUAAGUCUGAUCGGAAACGAAAAGCUGACGAAGCUGUCAAUAAGAGCAGGCCACUAAUUUUGGAUCAAAUGCUAGCACGAUAUCGGGCAAAACCGAGGUUUCGCAAAAUAUACGGCGUAUCUAUGCAAAUUGCAAACAGAGAGCGCGAACGGAGCUCUCAACAGAGGCGAAGCGAUCCGUGGGACCGUUUUCGGAUGGACGGUAGCAGGGAUUCUAUUGAAGGCGAUCAAGAACUCACCAUCUCGGUCAUGGGGAAGUCCAAAUACAAAAGCCAAGGGUCCAGUCAGGACUUGUCCUCAGUUGAAAACUACUGUUUAGAAUGGUACCUCGGGAAAGAAGGAUGGUCUGGUGUUCAUGACGAAGGAGGUUCGCUUCGAUUUCUAUACGCUCUGCUGUUUUGGGAGUGCGCAUUAUUUGCUCCUGUUGAGGACGUCUUUCAGACCCCAUAUCAAGACUACCCUUUGGACCUUUUUACGGAAGCGUUCUACGGCUCUCGACGUGAGCAAAUUGAUGAGCGAGUGCAAUAUAUAUCAAGUUCAGAUCCCAAGGAUCUUCGCGUUGAGGUAGAGCAGUUGUAUGAAAAGUAUGAUUCCGUCAUGGCGAUUGGGUGUGCAUGGAAAAUGUACACUGCAGAGGACCUCGCUGACAUCGCCGCCGGUCUUGGAGGCCCUGUAUUGUCUCAUUGCUGUAGACUUUUGUCCGUAGACUAUGCCUACUGGAGUAGUGGGCUUCCCGAUCUGACCUUGUGGAAAUCAAAUGGCUUUCAAGAGAAAGAGACGUUUAGCACUCGGCUCGUCGAGGUAAAGAGUCCUCGGGAUGCCCUGUCGGAGAAGCAAAAGGCAUGGCUGAUAGAAUUACAGAACGCUGAUGGAGACUGCGAAGUGUGCAAGGUCGUGGAGAGGGUGACUGCGAAGAAUGCUCCGGAGCUGCAGUCAGCUGCGUUAAACUCUAUAGAGAAAGAGAUAAUCGACAGUGCGGGCGAUGGCGCAACGACCUGGUGA